AUGUCAAAUAAAAGCAAUUAUAGUUUAUGGAUAGGAAAUAUUCCUUUUGAUGUAACUGAAAAGGAAUUACAUGAAAUUUUAUCAAAAGUAGGGGAUGUAUUAAAUGUUAGAAUAAAAUAUGAUAUUGAUAAAAAUGUAAGUAAAGGAUUUGCUUUUUGUGAAUAUAAAGAUCUUGAAACGUGUAUGCUAGCUUUAAAAUAUAUUAACGGAUUUGAAAUAAAAGGAAGAAAACUAAAAUUAUAUUGGGCAAAUGAAGAAUUUAAAGAAAAAAUAAGCAACAACUCAAAAAAUAGAAGUGAUAAAAGAAUAACAAAGAAUUCCAACAAAAUAGAUAUAAUAGAUAUAAACAAUAAAAAGAAUAUGUUAAAUUCCUAUAUAAAAAAUGAUUUGAUAGAAAAAGAUUUAAACAUAAAUGAAAUAAGAGAAAAUAAUAUGAAAAUAAAUAUUUCUAAUAUUGUUCAUACUUUAACGACAUCACAAAUUAUAUAUAUUUUGUCAUAUUUUCAAAAAUAUUCUUUAGAAAAUUUUCGCAAUUUAAAAAUCUUUUUUCAAAAAAAUGGAUCGGUUGCUUAUGCUCUUCUUCACUGUUUAUUUAUAUUAAAUGUUAUAAAUGAUUAUAAUAUGACAAACAAUUUAAAUAUUUGCAUUAAUAAUGAAACAAUUUUAAAUAGAAACGAAAGAAUUGUUCAAAUGAAUAAUAGUAAUAUUAAAAUAGAACUGAAUGCAAAUGAUUUGAAAAACAGUAGCAAAAUGCAAAAUAAAAAUAAAGAUGAAAAUACCAUUUUUAAAAAUAACAAAAUGAAUACUAAGAAAGAUGAAAAUACAAUUUUUAAAAAUAAUAAAAUUCAAUUAAAAAAGGAAGACAGUAUUUAUAAAAAUAGUGGUGUGUCAAAUUUAAAAAAAGAAGAAAAUGAUAACUUAAUGAAAAAUAACAUUUCCUAUUUUAAUAAAAAAAAUUAUACUCAUAAUUUAUCUAAUUCUUCUUCAUCUAAAAUGAAGAUAAGUAAUAACUCUAAUUUAUAUGCAAAGAAAAAUGAUUCUAAUAACAAAUAUUCUAGUAAAAAUGAUUUUUUAAAUUAUAGUCAUAAAAAUCGUAUUUUAAAUGAACAGGAAUCUCCUAAUAAUUCUAAUGAAGCUCAUAAUAUAUUAUAUAUGAAUAAUAAUAUAAAUUCCAAAUCACAAAAUAAAAAAAGUUCCUAUAAUAAUGUAUCAUUAAAUAUCCAUAAACAAAAUAAUGAAGUCAAUGAUAAUAAAUACGUUGAUUUAAACUAUAUGAUGAAUUCAAAUAAUUCAAUAAAUGACGUUAUCGAUUUUAGGAAAGGUUUUAUUCAAGAUUCUUCUAACACGGAAGGUUUAAAUAACAAAACACAAUAUUAUAACAACAAUUUAAUUGAUAAUAAUGAACAAAGAAAUUUAUAUUCUUCUUCAGUUAAUGAUAUUACAAGGAAUAAUAACUUAAAAGAUAGUGAACUCAUUAGUAAUUAUCAUAAUAAAAAUGAAGUGCAUAAUUAUAAAAAUAUUAAUGAAAUAAAUAAUAAUAUAAGUGAUGAAAGCAACAUUAAUAAAUUAUAUGAGGAAAAUAGUAAAUUGAACAAUUCAAAUAAUUUUAAUGAUAUUAAUGAAAUUAAUAAUUUAAAUAUUAAUAAUGAAAUGAAUAAUAAAAUUAGCAACAUUAAUAAUUUUAAUGAUAUGGAUAAUAGGAACAUCACAAAUAAUUUAAAUGAAAUGAAUAUUACAAACGAUCAUCAUUUGAUUAAUUUUAAUAUGACAAAUAGUAAUAAUAUCAAUGAUAAAAAAAUAAAGAAAAAUUUUUAUAUGAUGAAAAUGGCAAAUUUAUCUAUGAACAAUAGCGAUAAUAAUAACUUAAUGAAAAAUAUGAAUGAAAAUAUAAUUAAUAAUAUGAUUUGUAAAGAUAUGAAUAAAGUACAAUUAAAACAUUCCUAUAAUAAUAAUAAUACUUAUGUAGAUAACAAUCAUAAUAAUAUAUCUAUUAAUGAAAAUAAUACCAUUUCAUCUAAUAGUAAUAAUAAUGAAAUAUAUUUAAAUGAAAUUUAUUCUAAUAUUGAGUUACCUGAUGAUGCAUUGGUAAAUGAAGUUAUAAAAAAUACAGAUAUCUUAAAUAAUAUUUUAAAAUCGAGAGUUGAAGAUAUGAAAAAUUGGAAUAAUGAACAGAAAAUACAAGUUUUAGCUAUUCAAAAAGCUUUACUACUAAAGGGUUAUCAGCUAAAAUGA